CAGUACAAGGCAGCAAGCAAAGCCUAAGACAACUCUACCAAAACACAUCUCACAAUCAACUCUCGAUUUUCUUCUCAAUACUUUCCACUUUCCACAUUCAAUUCCAACAUGUCUCUCUUCCGUACCAUGCCCACUGGCGGCGACUUCGCCCCUCUUUUCCGUCUCCUCGAUGACUACGAUGUCCACCGCUCCGGAAAGGGCCAAACCACGCCGGUGCGCUCCUUCUCGCCUCGCUUUGAUGUCCGCGAAUCGCAGGACGCAUACCUUCUAGAUGGCGAGCUGCCAGGAAUCGCCCAAGAGGACAUCGAGAUCGAAUUCUCCGACCACCAGACUCUCGUGGUCAAGGGCCGCACCGAACGCCAGUACCACAGCGAGCCCUCCGAUCAAGAAAGCAACCAGAGCGACACCGACGACAACACCCAGACCGGCGAGAAGCGCGUCAAGAAAUCGAACCACCGCUUCUGGGUGAACGAGCGCUCGGUCGGUGAAUUCCACCGCAGCUUCAAUUUCCCGAACCGCGUGGAUCAGGACAACGUCAAAGCCAGUCUGAAGCAUGGCGUGCUGUCUAUUGUUGUGCCCAAGGCGACUGCUUCGGGCUCGAAGAAGAUUACUAUCGAGUAAUUUCUAAUCUCGGUCCUGAUUACGAUUGAUGGCUCUUGAGCUUGCAGCUUGCUCUGAUUUGAUUAACGUUUAUUAAGUUUGCGGCUUCUACUCUAAUUACGAUUGAUGGCUUUGCGCUAGCAUAGCAGUGGGAUAUGGAUUGUUUUGCGGUUUUCCAAGUUUGUUGUACCAAUAAUGUGACUGGAUGGAAUAUUUAAUCAAAUUGAGUUUUUAUACUUGAAAA